AUGACUGGCUCGAUCAAAGUCAGCCCUCAAGGCACCAAUGAAAGCUCCGCCCCUGUACUUGAUGGAGGCAAGGGAAGUGCUGGCCUAUCUGUGGUAGAGGUCCUGCAAAAAAAACCCAAGAGAACGUGGAAAUCAUACUUUUGGGACACCUUUGACAAGUCUCCAGAGGAGCGCCGGUUCCUUUUCAAACUUGACGCGGUAUUAAUGACCUUGGCUUCAUUGGGUUAUUUCAUCAAAUACUUGGACCAGGUCAAUAUCAACAAUGCCUUCGUUUCAGGAAUGAAAGAAGACCUAGGUUUGCAUGGUAAUGAAUUGAAUUACAUGCAAGUCUGCUGGACCGUUGGUUAUGUUGUAGGCGAAAUUCCUAGUAACAUGCUUCUCACACGCAUUCGGCCGGCGAUAUGGAUCCCAGUCUGCGAGGUGACAUGGUCUGUUCUUACCAUUUUACUUGCCAAAUGCCAGACUGCCACUCAUAUCUACGUUUUACGCUUCUUCAUUGGCCUGGCAGAAAGCACCUUCUACCCUGGCAUGCAAUACAUCAUCGGCUCUUGGUACCGUAAGGACGAACUGGCGAAACGCUCAUGUUUGUUCCAUGCGAUGGGGAACGUGGGCAGCGCUAUAUCCGGCUAUUUAAUGGCUGGCGCAUACAACCUGGACGGCGUGCAUGGGUACCAUGGUUGGCAAUGGCUUUUCAUUACCAACACCAUCAUUUCCCUCCCAAUCGCGAUUUCGGGCUUCUUUUUCUUGCCAGACCUCCCGGAAAUAACAAAGGCGUGGUAUUUCACCCCCGAAGAGAUCGCCUUGGCUAAGAAGCGCAUGCAGUUGGAGGGUCGUGCACAGCGGGCACCUUAUACCAAAGCCAAGUUCGUCAAGGUCUUUUCCAGCUGGCACAUCUGGACCCUUGUUGUUCUUUAUAUCGUGUUCAACAAUGGCAACGGUGGAAACUCUCAGCCGGCCUUUCCACUUUGGCUCAAAUCCGAAGGCUAUACCUUACGCGAGGUCAACAUCUAUCCCACCAUCACAGAAUUCGUCAGCAUCAUCACCACUCUUAUUUACGCAUGGACAUCCGAUAGUUUAUUCCGAGGCGCACGUUGGCCAGCAAUCGUGUUUUCGGGAAUUGUCAAAAUCAUCGCCUACGUCCCGCUUACUAUUUGGAACAUCCCGAAUAGUCUCAAGUGGGCCUGCUUUAUUCUCUGUGGCUUUGGGGGCGGCAUCAGUGGUCUCACUUUUGCGUGGGCUCACGAGAUAUGCAGCGAUGACAAUGAAGAGCGAGCGUUGGUAACCGGAGCUAUGAACCAGAUGGCGUACGUCUUCCAGGCCUGGCUGCCACUCGUGAUUUGGCAGCAAGUGGAAGCCCCCGCCUACCCCAAGGGAUACCCCAGCAUGAUUGCUCUGUCUGUGGCUCUUAUUGCGAUUGCGUUCGUAAUCAGGUUUCUUCACAAGCGCGAGAUGCUUUCCAAGACUUCUGUAGGAGGAAGUGUUGCUUGA